UCUUGACACUCAUUUACUCAGAAGAUUCUUUAAUUCUUGAUAAUAAAAUGAUGCGAUUACCUCUGAUGCUUGUGCUUUGUACUGGAGCUUUGGCUCAAGUUCCUUCUCUGGGCAAGUGUCCAGACUUGAAAGUCGUACAGAAUUUUGAUGUUGAAAAAUAUAUGGGAACAUGGUACGAAGUCGGACAAUACUUUGUUCUUGCUGAAUUGGGAGGAAAAUGUACUACCGCCAAAUACUCUCAGAACGCAGAUGGAACUAUAAAUGUUUUGAACAGUCAAAUCAAUUAUCUUACUGGAAAAUCUAUGAGUAUUGAAGGAAUUGCGAAAUUAGUUGGUGAAUCUGGCGAAGCUAAACUGUCCAUGUCAUUCCCUAAACUACCAUCGCUUGUCAAAGGCUCUGUAUGGAUUUUAGACACGGACUAUGAAAGUUAUGCUGUUGUCUUCUCAUGCCAAGAUUUUAAACUUUUCAACACAAAAGAAGCGCGGAUCCUGACCAGAGAACGCAUUCCCAGCGAAGAAGUUCUUCAGAAGGCAUACAAGACCUUUGACGCCAGUGGUUUCAGCAGAACUUUCCUUAUUCAUACAGAUCAAAAAAAAUGCAACGGCGUUAUCACUAACUUCGCUUAAAUGACUGUUAAUUUGAUCUAAAUAAUAAAACUGAAUAAUUUUCAUUAUUUGUCUAUUUGAAAGAAUAUCCCUCUU